AUGAAGGCCAAGGCGGGCUCCCGCGCCGGCGACUCCAGGCUCACGGUGAAGAAGAGCAAGGCCGAGAAGGACCCCAACAAGCCCAAGCGCCCCCCGAGCGCCUUCUUCGUCUUCAUGGACACCUUCAGGAAGGAGUACAAGGAGAAGCACCCCGACGUUAAGCAGGUGUCCGUGGUUGGCAAGGCCGGUGGUGAGAAGUGGAAGUCCCUGAGCGAUGCUGAGAAGGCUCCCUACACUGCCAAGGCCGAGAAGCUCAAGGCCGAGUACACCAAGAAGAUCAACGCCUACAACAACCCACAGGCAGGAGAGGCGUCCGGCGACUCUGACAAGUCCAAGUCCGAGGUGAACGACGAGGACAGCGAGGGCGACGAGUGA